ACUGCUCUAGUAUAAAUCCGAAGGAGGAUCCAUGGAAAUCUGCCCAUGAAGCAGAGGUACUCCGGGACGUACCAAUGUUCAUCGAAACGAUUUCACGAUGGAGGGUAAGCGAAGACGAUCAGAAUCAUCGUCUCGCCAACGAAAAAGCUACGAACACGAGCGCGAUGUGUAUAAUGAAGCCAUCGACCCGACCGCUUCGGCUUCCCGAAACUCAUCGGUAAAAUCCAGCUGGUUCCGAUCAAUCGAGUACUUUCGCCAAGAUAAAGCCAUCGCAGCAGGAGUGCCAACGGAUGAUUCUUUGGUGAAAUCCGAGAUAAUUUCCAUCUCGAAGCAAUUGUCCCAAGUCAAACGGAGAUUGAGCCCCGCCGCCGAACGAUGUACGGAAGCAAUGAAUUCUUUUUACAACGAUUGUGCCACCACUGGACGACAAGAGUUCGCCGCAGCUAGGCGGGCCUGCAACCCGUACGAAGUUCUCGGCGAAGGAAGAAAUGGCGGUUUAAACUCGAUGUUUAUCAAUCGCUCCGCCAUCAAGCUCGCCAAUAUCGACGCCGUGUUGCGUUUUGACUUAUCAAGGCCGGGUAAGAAUGGACAAUUUUCAUUUGUGGACCUUUGCGCAGCCCCUGGCGGCUUUAGUGAAUAUCUCGGCAAACGCUGUCACGCCAACGCUGUGCCGGAAUGCCGAGGGUACGGAAUGUCACUGCUUUCGACCAACGAAUACGGCGAGGCUACCAAAUGGAAAAUGGAUGAUUCAACAUCAACGGAGAAUGGCACCUAUGCACAGUACCGCGUGUGCGAAGGAUCCGAUGGUACUGGCGACAUUCUGAAGUGGGAGAAUAUCGAAGCAUUACACAACAUGGUACGCGACGAUAUAUCGGCAGUAGCUCGUGUAGAAUCCUCUGUAGAAUGGGGGAAGGUCGACCUUGUUGUCGCGGACGGAGGAUUUGAUGCACAGCGUGAUUCCGAUCACCAAGAAGCUAUCUCUCAAAAGCUAGUUGUGUGUGAAAUUGCCGCUGGUUUACUGCUGUUGAAGAAAGGCGGAAAGUUGAUGGUCAAAAUGUUUGGUUUUCAAACCGAAAUCAUACGCAGCGUGAUGGAGGAUCUCGCUUUCACUUUUGAAGAGAUUAUAGCCCUCAAACCCAUUAGUUCUCGCCCAGCUUCAGCAGAGCGGUACGUUGUCUUCAGAGGGUUUAAAGGGAACCCGGCUGAUUGGGAAGGGCAGCGAUGGAUCGACAGAAUGUUUCUUGGGAAAAACUCCACGCAAUGCGCACGGAAUCGUUUACAACAACCAAAUUGUACAAAUCGUUUGGGAGUCUAUCUCGAUGCUUUCGAUCGUGACCUACUCUCUUUGAAUCUCAAGACGUGUUUUUCGAUUCUUUCCUUUCUGGAGAACAAAUGCCGAGCCAUCCAUAGCCAACAACGAGCUGGACCCGACAGCGACUCGCAAGAAGCUACAUUGGUGGACGUCGAAGCAUUCAAGGCUGCCUGGAACCUUCAGUAG